AUGAAUUUGAUUGCCUUAAUAACCUUGGCAGCACUUCAAUGUGCUUCGGUGCAGCCGAUUAUUUGUAGUAUGUGUUCAGCGCAACUCAAGUUAUUGGAUGAACUUGAAGAUUUUAAUGACCCCUGUUUUGUUCGUCCUCCCGCUCAAGAGUGCGACCAUAUGUACAAAGCUUGCUAUGUUUAUUUGCUUGUGAACAUGACAAAACCAUAUACUGCAUUUGACAAUGGCAAGCUAACACUUGAAACUUCUUUUGUGGGAGAUAAAAGCAACUGUGGUAAACCAGAUGAACUGUUUACUAUCGGUGAACAUGUAACAACUAAGAACAAAAAAUUUUAUAAAGAAAAUAUCGUCAACAAGUGGAAAAGUUCCAGAUGCGUUGAUAAAUCUGAAACUGAAGAACAUUACUUUUCCGAUUACAAUGACCAAAGUAAUACCAACCAUCUUGAACCAGAUAAUGAUAGUCGUGACGAGGGUUAUCAGAAUGAAGAUGGUCAUGAAAUCUAUCAUGAAAGUGAUGAUAAAAAUAAAGAUGAUCGAGAAGAUGGCCGUGAAGAUGAUGGCGAAGAAAUUCAUCCCGAUGGCCAUUCCAGAAGUGAGCAGAAAGGUGGUAGCCAAGAUGUGAAUGAGAAUUAUUCAAAUAAGGAUACCAAAGACAGUCGAGACCAUGAUAGCCGAGUCAACAGUGAGGAUGGUGAAGAGUACUGA